AUGGCGGGCUCGGAGCGCCACACGGCCGGCCAUGUGCCGCGCUCAUUACCAUACAGCUGUUCACACCAGGCUCAGACAAAGGCGGCACGACGGUCCCGACCCCGGCAUGCUGUCGGUGGCGAGUGUCUGGACCUGGGCCAGAGUGUGCUGUGCCGCUGCAAGACAGGCUUUACCGGCGCCAACUGCCAGGUCAACGUCGACGACUGCGCCUCGGCUCCUUGCCAGAACGCCGGCACCUGCCAGGACGGUCUGAACGACUACACGUGCUCCUGCACGCUGGGCUACGCCGGCAAGAACUGCAGCGUGCGCUCGGACGCCUGCGGCGCACGCCCGUGCCAGAACGGCGGCACGUGCUUCACGCAUUUCAGCGGGCCCGUGUGCCAGUGUCCUAAAGGCUUCAUGGGCCCCAGCUGCGAGUUCACGCUCCAGCCCAGCUUCAAGCCCGCCCUGCGCCAAGGCUCGCAGCCGUCCUCGGCCACCCUCACCGCCUCCUGCGUGCUGGCCGUCCUGGUCCUGGCUCUGGUGGCGGUGGUUGUGGUGCUGAGGAGGCGGCGGCGACUGCAGGGGAGGAAGCAGCUGAGCGACAUCGCGGUUUACAAUGACCUGGAGUCGGUCAACAACCUGGGAGCCAACGAAAGAGAGGCCUUCCUGGGCCCCAGCAGCCUCUUCAAGAUCAGCAACAGCACGGCCCGCCUCAGCCUCUCGAUCAGCCCGGACGGCAGGUCCGCUUACAGGCAGGAGAACGGCCUGGCCAGAGGGGAGCGCCACUCCCUCUCUCUUGGACAAGACUUCAUGUGGCGGGAGGAGUCCGGCAUGGGCUCUGUAAUGGCGCUUAGAUGA